AUGACAUAUGGAAAAUUGAAGACGAGUGUUGAACGAGAUCUGAAGUUUAAUUUCAUAGAAACAUCUACAAUGCAAGGCAGUUUCAUUUUAGUUCUUGAUCUGUUAACAACAUCAUUUAACAAGAAGCAAACUCACCACGUGUUUUGUUUUCCGGUUCGCACUCCAGUUCGUUAUCACUUAAACCACUCACCGAACACCAUUGGCAGACAAAAACAAAUUAAUCAGAGUAAAGAAAGAAAGAAAUGUGUAAUGAAAAGAAAGAAGACGGGAGAAAACGAAAAAAGUCUUUCAAAAGUGAACGCGAAAACCCAAACAGAAAGUUCUUCAAUGAAAAAAAGGCAGCAUAUAUUAGAAACAUGGAAAAAGUAUACAAAAGACACACUUUUAGAAUAUACAAGAAAAAUUCCACCCGCGCAACCCUCUUCAGAAUUUUAUCACAAGAGGCAAGAAGAGAAUAUAGCAUUAAGGAAAAGGGGAUAUAAUAUGAGAUAG